AAACCCUUCCUGCUAACAAGAUUCCAAUUCAAUAAUUAUAACAAUGGCCAUUAGAAAGUCCCAUAAACUACCACAAGCGGUUAUGAUCAAGAAAAUCCUGAAAAGAUGCUCAAGUUUUAGGAAGAAGAAGAGCUAUCCUGAAGAUGUACCAAAAGGCCACUUUGCAGUGUAUGUUGGUGAGAACAGGACAAGACACAUUGUUCCAAUUUUAUGGCUGAAUCACCCACAGUUUCAAGGUCUUCUGAAAAGAGCUGAGGAGGAGUUUGGCUUCUGCCAUGACAUGGGACUCACCAUUCCCUGUGAUGAAGUGGUUUUUGAGUCCAUAAUCUCACUGAUGAAGUGGGUUAGACAUUAAUCACUUGUCAUGCGGUGGUUUACAGCUUCAAACCCCUUGUCAAGUGGUAGUUCUGACUAGAAUUUUGCAUUUGGUAUGUGAUUGAAUUGUAUAGACGUAUAGUAUGUUUGAAUUGGUUUUUUUUUUCUCAAGAAUCAUUUAAAUUAGUUUAUUUUUCUCAAGAAUCAAUUCUGACAUCAAGA